GAAGGCAGGGAGGCAGGCCGGCAGGCAACAGCAGGUCCUUGUUGAAAAUGCAAUUUGACCAGGAUAAAGCGCUCAUGACCUCGUUCCCCAGCUUCAAACGACGAGAAGGGUGUUCCACUUGAAGUCAAUGGUCCAGUCUAAUCGUCUGCUUCACUCUCAAAGCCUUUACUGCGACAGAACACGCCUCGUCUCCAUUGCGGACUCGUAGGACAACGGCCAGCAUAUUCACCUUCUCCUAAUGCCCGUCAACUUCAUUGAGCUGCAUUUCUGACGCCAUAAAACUCCCAGCUGGCUUGAUGCAUCGCAACAAUGGAGCACUCGCCUCUGUCGCCACACAACACUGAGGCAUGGAUGACGCCGCCCCCACCAGCGGCUGCCUCGCCAGCUCCUCCUGCUCCGGUAGAAGAACAACAUCCCCCUUCGACCUUGAUCGAACAUGAGGAGAAACGACAACUCCGGUGCCUGCAGCCGGAGCACGACAAGGACACAGCCUUGUUCGUCCCUGAACGCCGUUCAGAUGCAUACGCUUGUUCCUGGGGGCCGCGGUUCGCGCCACAAGCGGCUCGGUUCUGGUUCGCGCUGGGCAUGAUUGCUGUUGUCUUGUCAAUUCAAUUUGCGGCACGCGGCGGUGGUGACCUGCUUGGCCGCCAUGGAUAUUUUCGAGCCUCAAGCGGGGAUGGUGGCAGUGAGCACAGUGGCAGCGUGGCCAAGCAGAAUGGCACGAACAUUGAUUGGGAUGAUAUCACUCCGAGCGAGAAACUGAAGUGGCACCGGUGCCCGACCUCAAUCGACCCAGCAUACUUCUGCACUCGGUUGACGGUGCCGAUGGACUAUCAUCGCCCUCUGAAGUCGUCGUUGGAAUCCCCGAUAGCUGCCUCCAAGGAUCAUCCCAAAGUUCAUAUUGCCAUGGUUAUGGUGCCAUCUUCGGAAGACCGUGAUCUCGACGACCCUGCUUCGUUUUCGGAGUCGCCUAUGCUGAUCAACCCUGGUGGUCCGGGCGGAAGUGGCGCUUCGUUUGCCGCGGGACCUUUUGGGGGCGUCAUUCGAGGCUUGAUCGGUGGAAAGCACGACGUCAUUGGGUUCGACCCUCGCGGCGUUGGCGCAACCACGCCGGGAGCGGACUGCUUCGAAGUCCACACGGACAAUGGCGGUGCUGUUACUCGCCGCAACCAAGGCUUGCUGAACCGCAUUGCAUGGGAUCUUUCUGGCCAUGAGAUCGGAAUCAUCAACUCUACAAAUGCUGCGCUUGGCAAACACAAUGUGCGCGCGAAGGCAGUGGGUCGGCUUUGCGGCAAGGCUGCGGAGUAUGAUGGCGACGACAGCAUCUUCAAGUAUGCAAAUACGCCAAACGUGGCAAGGGAUAUGCUCUCCAUAAUUCAUGCAUGGGAUGAGUGGCGAAGUGGUAGCCAGACCGAUGACGAGAUCGCGCAGAACGAGAACCAUGCAAGCCAUGACGGCGGCGACAAUCAAGAUCCGUCGAGCACAAAGGGUAAGCUGGUAUACUGGGGUUUCAGCUACGGCACCCUGCUCGGCGCCACCUUCGCCUCCAUGUUUCCUGACAAAGUCGGGCGUGUCAUGCUUGACGGCGUCGUUGACGCAGACCAUUAUGUCGCUCCUGCGUGGACAGAUAGUCUCCGCGAUGCUGAUCAGAUCUACGAGUCGUUCUACACUUACUGUCUGAGAGCUGGCGUGUCGUGCGCCUUGUUUCGCCGCGGUGACACUAGCGCCAAGGACAUCAGGAACCGUAUGGACAGCUUUCUUGCUGAGCUUGCCGAGGAGCCGCGAGUGGCCAUACCAACAGGCGACGAUGGCGGUAUGCCCAUUUUGAUAAGCAGCGGAGACGUCAAGCAGAUCCUCUUCGUGGCGCUUUACUCGCCCAACGCCAUGUUUCCGCUCAUCGCACAAAUGCUUGACAGCUUGAUGCAGGAGCGCGAGCUCUUCUUUCCUGGGACAGGCAUCGGACUGCCUGCUUUUUGCCACGCAGAGGAUAUACCGAUUGCGGUAAAUGAUGCACAGAAGGCCGUUAUGUGCAGUGACAAAAGAUACAAGCUGAACGAGACUGUCCCUGAGCUUCAGAAGCGAUUUGAAGAAAUGUCGUCGUAUUCGAAAUUCUCUGAUGUUUGGCUUGGGAUCAUGAUGGGUUGCAAUCACUGGCCUAUUGAUGCCAAGGACCCGCCCAUGCGUUGGGACGACCAUCCGGCCCAUAAGCCGAAGCCGAUUGUGACGUCGUUUCCGCUGCUGUUCCUCUCCAACAUGCUUGAUCCGGUAACUCCCUUGCACGCGGCUCUGAAGAUGACGCGCAGGUUUGCCAAUGCUAGCAUUGUCGAGCAGUGGGCUGAGGGACACUGUACCAUAUCAUGCGUGUCGAGCUGCACGGUGGCACAUAUCCGGGCAUAUCUGCUCGACGGCGUCUUGCCGCCGCCGCCCAAGUUCAAGACCCCAGACAGUGGCGAUUGGGCGAAGUGUAUCUGCGAGGCUACACCCUGGGGCAAUCCACUCGCUGGCAGUGGCAGUGGUGAUGGCGAGGCUCGUCUGCUACAAGCCGUACUUGGCUUGCCAGACCUUGAGAGCAGCCAUGAGUUUGCUGCCGCAUAUCGCGAUGCCCAUCUCGACGUGGUCCGGAACGCUCAGCUGGCACAAAUCAGUGACCACAAUCCCCUCAAGGAUUAUUUGAUCAAGGCGCUGGAGUAGGAAUGCUUGUCAUGGGGAGGGAGCUCCUUUCAGCCUGGACAUUGAUGGAGCUUGAGACCCAGGACCUGAAAAGCUUUUCGUUUCGCCUGUGUAUAGUAGUUACCAGUGAGCUUGGCUUUUGAGUUCUACUGCAUGGAAGGAUGCACGCCUUACUGUGAUUGACGCCUGCAAUGUGUUGAUAACGUAUACAUUCAUGCUCGGUAGAAAGACUGAAUUGGUGGUGGUGAAGUCGCUGAUAGAGGCAAGCGGCAGCCCCCCUGUCCGGUUCUCCA